AUGAAAAGCAAUUGGAGAUCGAUCGAUCUAUCUAUCUAUCUAUCUAUCUAUCUAUCUAUCUAUCUAUCUAUCUAUCUAUCUCAUUCUUUUCAUAUCUAUCUAUCUAUCUAUCUAUCUCAUUCUUUUCAUAUCUAUCUAUCUAUCUAUCUAUCUAUCUAUCUAUUUCAUUUUUUUUCAUAUCUAUCUAUCUAUCUAUCUAUCUAUUUCAUUUUUUUUCAUAUCUAUCUAUCUAUCUAUCUAUCUAUCUAUCUAAUUCUUUUCAUAUCUAUCUAUCUAUCUAUCUAUUUCAUUCUUUUCAUAUCUAUCUAUUUCAUUCUUUUCAUAUCUAUCUAUCUAUCUAUCUCAUUCUUUUCAUAUCUAUCUAUCUAUCUAUCUAUCUAUCUAUUUCAUUCUUUUCAUAUCUAUCUAUCUAUCUAUUUCAUUCUUUUCAUAUCUAUCUAUCUAUCUAGCUCAUUCUUUUCAUAUCUAUCAAUCUAUCUAUCUCAUUCUUUUCAUAUCUAUCUAUCUAUCUAUCUCAUUAUUUUCAUAUCUAUCUAUCUAUCUAUCUAUCUAUCUCAUUCUUUUCAUAUCUAUCUAUCUAUCUCAUUCUUUUCAUAUCUAUCUAUCUAUCUAUCUCACUAA